AGCCCCAAACAGCCAUGGCCUCCUUCCUCCACCGAAGUCGAACCACCUCUCACCUCUUCCAAAACCUUAGAAGCCUUAACCCCUUAAGUGCUCACCUCAACCCCAAACCCCUCCAUACGCCUCCUCCUCCAUUAAAGCACUCAAAACCUAUCUCUGUUAUUCAUUUAUUCUCAUCAAGAAGUUCCAAAACCAUGAACAAUUCCUGCCUCCAUGAUCAUUCUAUCUCGACCUUCAAUAUUAGAUCUCAAUCACUUAUUUAUGAAAACCCGGCCAUUACCAAUUCCAAACGGUCCUCCUCGACUUUGCCGAAAAAUCCUCAGCCCGAGUUGCGGCACCAGGAGAUCACCGGCCCGACGGUCGAACCCGACAUCUCUCCCCUCGCCAACGAGACCCGCGAGGUACUCGAAUCCCUUCGAAGGUCCGUAUACGAUCUAAGUUCCGCUCUCGCGGUGCUUGGUGUCGCCCACCUAGGUCUCGGCGCGUGGAUCGCGUACGCCGUGCGGCCACCGAACGAGGUCUCUGUCCAGGGCCUGGCUGCCUUUGCCUUUCCUUUCUCGGCGGCAUUCCUCUUACGGAGGACUGUUAAGCCUAUGACGUUUUUUCAGAAUAUGGAGCAGCAGGGGCGGUUGCAGGUUCUUACGCUUGCUUUACAGGUUUCGAAGAGUUUGCGGGUUCUGUUUGUGAGGAUGCGAGUUGUUUGUGUUUGCUGUGUCGUUGGAGUUUCUGCUGGAUCGGUGGUGACUUUGUGGAUGCGUUGAGUUGGUUACAGUUUUGAUGAUUUACACUUUUAGAGAUUGUGGGAUUUUCGUUCCCGUUCCAAUUGAAUGGAGCAAUGAUUUUUCAUUUUGGAUGGAGCAAUGAUUUUUCACCCCUAAACGCAGUUCUAAUUUAGCAUUCUUAAGUGUUAUGGAAGUAGCUAAGGCUGUAAACGAGCUGGGUUGACUUUUAUUUUGCUUUAGAAAUUUGCCAAACAGUAUUGUCUGUUUAUUUUCAUCGAGUUUGAGCUGAAGCCAGGUUUUGGUUGAGCUUUACUAAAUGUUUAUGAAAUGAGAAUUAUUUGGACGUAUAAGCUGACGAGAUAACAUAAAAUUUCAGUCA